AUGCUAAUCAUUCCUCAAUGCUUCCCUGUAAAUUUGAAAUGGUCCCUAAGCGUGCAAAAGCUGAAGCCGGAAUAUGCCAUGCAACACAGGGGAUGUUCAGAGGGCACCUUCAGCCAUUUAUAUGAUCUGCAAUGCAUCCACCCAGCCGCUGUACCUAAAGUUGACAGCAAUAUUAGAUAG